UAAUUAACCUCAAAGUCUUUUCCUCUCAACACUGCGCCGUUUUUGUUAAAACUGAGUUCUAAUGUCUUUAUUUCAUUGAAAGUGUAAAACUAUUUAGAACUGGUGGCGUUUUGUGUAAUCUCCAUAAAAAAUUAAAAACUAGGGGGCACUGAGUGCCAGCGAGUUUUUUUCCAAUGGAAGACGCUAUAAAACAUAAAUAAAGGCAAGGCGCGCAAUGACUGGUUAGUAAACUGUCGAGGAUUUUCUUUUUAAAAAACAUUGGAGCGAAAGAAAUUUAAAGUUAUGGCUGGUACUAUGAGACAGCUAGAGGAACGUCAACUUCCUGCUGAAGUAACGAUGAUGCUGUGGUCACCGAAAAUGGAUCUUUUGGCAAUUAGUAAUGUGAAAGGUGAAGUCGUUCUUCAUAGGCUCACGUGGCAAAGAGUCUGGUUGUUGAGUCCUCAAGAUGAAUCCGAUACAGUUAUCCAUCUUUCAUGGAGGCCUGAUGGCAAGCUUCUCGCAGUGUGCUACGAAAUAUCCAAACUACUCUGUCUUGUUGAUGUUGAAACUAAAAACAUUAUUCAUAAAACCAAAUUGCCAACAAACGAAUUAACUGUCUGUGUUAAAUGGUUGUCGCUGUCAGAAUAUGAGAAUCUACCAAUGGAUGAUAAAACUAAUGAACCUACAGGCUAUUAUCUGCCACCUCUACCCAGUUUAAUCAGAAGUUAUAGUACAGAGCCUGAACGCAAAGAAUUUUUAUCUCACACUUUAGAUAUGCUCUUUAUUGGCCAGAAAAAUGGUGCGGUCUUAAUGUAUAUUUUUGGAAUGUUUUAUUGUGGCAUCAUAAAUGUAGGCAAUGGACCAAUUUUACAAAUCAUAGGGGGAUCUGGUGACCCAAUAUGGAUUACAUGGAGAGAUAACAGUUGUAUUAAAACAACUAGAGUAGCCUGUUCGUUACUUGAGAAGAGCAUAGCAUUUCUUAAGGUUGCACAAAUUCAAGCUAAUAUAGAAUGUUUAAAAGACUAUCUCUCACGUACUUUAAUGGCUACUUGUGAAGCUUGGGAGACAAUACUUUUGGAAAUGGGAAAACUCACGCGAUACACGGAAGCAAACCCACCUGGUAGUAUGGCUGCAGAUUUCUUAGAACUGUUAAUGAUUGGAAUACCUACGAAGAAUUUAGAACAUUUUCUACUUCGGGAUCUUACGGAGAAAGGAUUAAAAAAAUUUGGGCAUAGUAUUGAGAUGUGUUACAGUAAUAUACAGAAAUUGGUCUCAAAAAAUUUAACUAGUGUCGGUAUGGCCUUAGUUUAUCAGUUAGCCGAAUUAAGAGGCAUGGUGAGGAUAGGUAACAUAUACGAAGCAUUAGGAUUACGCGAUGAAACGCUCGUUACUAAUGCCAUCAAUGAAUCCGAGGCUUUCCUGGCAAAGUCGUAUGAAAUCGAGCAAGUUAUAGAUCAGAGUAUGCGCAAUUACAAAGCAUUUUUCCGAUGGUUGUAUGUAGCUAUCCUCCAAUUAACAGAUGAGAAAGCACCCUCGGAAGUAAGUCGCGUAAGUCAACAGGAAUUAACAUUUAUCGCCGAAUUUCUCAAUGGUUUUGAUAAAACUGUGCCGAGAACGAACAAGAUAAAUCUAGAAAAAUUGGGUCAAUAUCUGCGUCGCGAAAAUCUACAAACUCCUCUGACUUCGGAAGGAAGCGAAUGGGCCGCCAUGCUCGAAACGAAUAAUUGUUUGCGCGAUUACGCACAUAUAGUUAAACAGGAUUUUAACUUAUCCUUACUACAGUCCCAUGAAAAAUUAGUCACGGCUGUAGAAAAUGUUUUCGCAGAAGCCUAUCAGGGUUUAAUCGAGCACUUUAUAAUGGUUUCAACGUCUUUACCAUUAUUUGCAUCUCUCGUAUCCUCGCAGAUUGAAGCAAACAAUGGAAAUCUCUUAUUAGCUAUGAGCGACGCUGACAGCAACAUUUUUAAACUUUUUAAUAUCGAAUAUUCAUCUGCGGAACCUGCAGCUCUUGGUAUAAACACUGUUACAAUAGAUGUGAAUCAAGGAGAAAGCACAGAUAUUGUGAUAGCAGAUUUACAAUUUUACUCGCAAGAUUAUCUUAGUUUACUUAUAUUAAACAAACAUACUCAUGCAUCGUCUCUCGUGCAAGUGCAAUUGCAUGACGCAUCUACCUUUAUGAAUGAAAACGAUACGGUGAGUUUGGUCGAUAUCAUUGGUACAACGUGGCCAAAACCGUUCCAAGGAAUAUCCGCGAGACUAGCAGUUAGCGGUCCUCGAAAAGUAGCUGCCAUCUUGAGCAAAAAUAAUAGGAAGAUUCGUUUACUCGAGACUGAAGCAGAACCCGAGGAUGAGGAUGAUGAUGAGGAAGAGGAAGAGGAAGAGGAAACACGAACUUCGGAAAAUAUGAUGGAUACCACACCUAGCACACAUUUCCCUGUGGAAGCAGCAAGAACUGAUUUACAAGAGUAUUAUUAGGAUUCACUUAAGGAAAAUCAAUGUCAACAGCGGCAUUAUCAACUCCAGCAUUCUCGGCACUUGAUGAAACACCGGGCGCAUUAUUCGGCGUAUAUCGUGCUGGAGAAUUAUCUCUCGACUCUUCGAGAUCUGUAAAAAUAAAUUAAAGAUUCUAUAGAGAGAGAAUUCUAUAGAAAUUUAUAGAAAAGUGUAUCCUAUUCUAGUCAUAUGUUUACAAAAAAACUUACCAAAGAAUCUUUGACUUUUCUUUCUUUUAACGGUAAUAAUUAGAAGAACAAUAGCUAUAGCAAGCACCAAUACCAUAACAGCAGUCAUUCCUCGUAACAGAUUUGUCUAAGCAAAGUAAGUUUUAAUAAAAUUUAAGUAUAAUUCAAUGUAGUUACUUAACACUUUAAUAUAUUUUUUAUAAUUAUAAGAGGUACCUCAAAAUCAUUUUCCCAAACUUUUUCCCAAUCAUUUUUUACUAUUAAUUCAACAGAAUUAAUCUUCAAUUUAGACUCGUCGAAUAAACCUUUCGAAAUACAUUUAUAAAAUCCAGAUUCUGCUGUUGACACACCCUAUAAGCAUUAUAAACAUAAAUUGUAAAGAUACACAUAUUGUACUUCAUAAAAUUAUAAAAUAUAAUUUAUUUACACAUUUAAGUUUCUACUACACAACUAAGCUAUUGUUUAUAAAAGAAAGAAAAUCUAGAAUAUAUUUGUAAAACAUCUGAACACUUACUCUUAUCUGAAGUGUGCCAGUCAAUACUUCAUAAUUAUAUUUCUUUGCAUUUAAAGGAUUUCCUGGACCAAUGACAUCGUUAUUUCCAAGUUGCCAGAACAUAAAACGAUGAUGUUCAUCAAUGCUUAAGCAUGGAAGCUCAGCUAAGUGUCCAGCUUUCACUUCUUUUACAGAUAUUACAUCACUUGCAGUUUCAGAUUUUCGUAAUAUAAAUAAUGAAUAAAAAAGUAUAAAAAACCA